CUUUAUGCUGUCACAGAAUAAAAUGUCUCCCUUCCGGAUGGGUUCACUCGUAUUCGUCGCUAUCACCAUGUUGAGUGUCUGUCAAACGUGGUGCACAAUUAUAACGGAUGAGGAUGGCAUGCGUCUACCUAAGAACGUUCUUCCCGUCUCUUACAACAUCCAGCUUCUUCCCAUCAUCGAGGAAGGCAAUUUUACUACUCCUGGAUUUGUAGAGAUUGUCGUUGACUGCAUUGAAACUACGUCGGCCAUAUCGAUGAAUAGUGCCGAGAUCAGCAUCGAUGAAUCUUCAAUAACGAUUAGUGAUUUAGCCUCACAAGAAUCUAUAGGAGUGACGAGUUUAAUUGUUGAAAAUGAUCGACAGAUAAUUACCAUCGAACUAGACAGUCAAUUGAUUUCUGGUAGACAGUACAAGAUCUCCAUGAAUUUUGUGGCGGUGCUCAACGACGAACUACGUGGGUUUUAUCGAUCAACUUACGAGGAAAACGGAGAAACUAAGUACCUGGCCGUCACGCAGUUUUCCGCUCCCGAUGCGCGACGUUCGUUUCCGUGUUUUGACGAACCCAACAUGAAAGCUGUGUUCACCAUUAAACUUGGUCGCAAACUCUCCAUGUCAUCAAAUAGUAACAUGCCCAAGAUCAAAACCGAACCCAUACAAGGAAUGGCGGACUACGUUUGGGAUUACUAUCAAACAACAGUGAAAAUGUCUUCGUACUUGGUUGGAAUGAUGGUUUCGGAAUUCACUGGCGUUCCUUCUGAAUCAGAGCUCAACAGAGUCCCAUUUACCAUCUGGACGCGACCUAGUCUCACCAAUUUAACCACAUAUGCUGGAAACAUUGCACCUCGGAUAUUGAAAUAUUUUGAAUACUUCACACAAAUUGACUAUCCACUACCGAAAGUCGACAUAGCGGCCAUUCCCGACUUUGCUGCCGGUGCAAUGGAAAACUGGGGGCACAUAAAUUUCAGGGAAGCUGAUCUUCUUAUUGAUGAACAAAGAUCAUCUGAAGUAGCGAAACAAAGAGUGGCUGAAGUCACUGGUCACGAAUUGGGGCAUAUGUGGUUCGGCAAUCUAGUGACACACGACUGGUGGAGUUUAGUCUGGCUCAAGGAAGGAUUCGCUCGCUACGUGCAAUAUAUUGGAACGGAUUCGGUUGAACCUGGUUUCCAAAUGGACGAACAGUUUGGUGUAGCGACCUUGCAGUCCGUUUUCCGAGUCGACAGUUUGGAAUCUUCACGUCCUUUAGAUUUUGAUGUGAACAAUUCAGCUUCGUUGAAUACGCUGUUUGAUGUCGUAGUCUACGACAAAGGCGCUUCUAUUGUUCGAAUGAUGGCCAAUUUUUUGGGGCCGGAAACCUUCCGACGCUCAAUGACGCGCUACCUUCAUAGUCGAGCUUAUGCCAAUGCCGUACAAGAUGACCUUUGGCGAGCUGUUCAAGAACAAAUCGAAAUUGAUGGUUUGGUCCUACCUGCAACUGUGAAAACAAUCAUGGACCCGUGGACUAAUAAAAUGGGCUAUCCUUUAAUUACCGUUACGAGAAAUUACGGUGGAACUUCAGGCGGUACAAUCUCUCAGAGUCGUUUCCUGUUGCGGAAAAGCACUAAUUCAACCGAAUCGAUCGUUUAUCGUUGGUGGGUUCCAUUAACCUUCACCGCUGACUUUAGCCAACCCCAAAAAUCAAUUUGGAUAUCCGACAAGGAGGAUAGCAUCAUAUUACCCGAUCUCUCUGUCACAGACGAUGAAUGGGUCCUUUUCAAUGUUGGCCAAGUCGGAUACUAUCGAGUGUCUUAUGACGACACUAACUACGGUUUGAUUCUCCAGCAACUGGCCACAGACCACACGAUGAUUUCAGCUAAAAAUCGAGCACAGUUAUUGGACGACACGUUAACUAUUGCUCGGGCCAAUAUCGUCCCGUAUGAUAAAGCAUUAGAUUUAACUAAAUACCUUGCGCUGGAACGUGAUUAUGCACCUUGGACAGCAGCUACCAACGCUCUUGACUUUAUUGACAUAAUGCUUUAUGGUUAUCCAGAUUUCAACGAAUGGAAGGAUUACAUGAGUGAUUUAGUGAUCCCUCUAUACCAAUACGUAGGAUUCGAUGAGGACGCCCGCGACACUCAUUUACUCAUCUAUACACGCACGCACGCAAUUCAUUGGGCUUGCACCAAACUCGAGAUAAACGAUUGCGUACAACAUGCGAACCAAGUCUAUGCUUCAUGGAUGACAAGUGUUAUCACUGAAAAUGAUAUUUCACCGAAUUUACUGAGACUGAUAUCUUGCUCUGCCAUCGCCAAUGGCAGUGAUCCCGAAUGGAAUUUCGGCUACCAAAAAUACCUCGCUUCAACUCUGGCCAAUGAAAAAAUUGAUUUACUCAAAGCUAUGACCUGCACGAAAGAAACUGACAUCAUUUACCAUAUGUUGGAGAUGAUGAUUAAUGAAAAUUCGGGAAUCCGCUUACAAGAUGCCAAUACGUUAUUUAGCAGCAUCGCAGCCAACCCAGUUGGCCAUGGAGUGGCUCUCGAUUUCCUGGCCACGCGUUGGGAUGAAGUCAAUGCUUAUUUCAGUGGUUAUGUUGGAUUUGGUGGAUCAAGCAUGCCAGGAUUGUUUCGUUCCCUCUGCGACCGCGUCAACACUAACGAACAAUUAGCUGAGCUAACUAAAAUACGUGAUGAUCACCUCGAUGUUUUGGGGUCUUCCAAGACAGUCAAUCAGGGUUUGGAAUUGGCGCAAUCCAACGUGCAAUGGGUCGAACAGCACUACUCUGAAGUCAUCACAUGGUUGAAGAAUCAAAAGAUGUCUUCAGCUUCGACGACAAUCAGCACAAACAAUGCCAUGAUGGUUAUGUUAGUUCUCUGGGGUGUUCUAAGUAUGUUCCUCAAACCGUGAUCGCAGAUUGCUGUCCAAUGAUUAUUAACUAACACAUGUGCAGUACCGAUCUAGAUAAUAGAACGCAAAAUACUCUGGAAGGGGCGAACGCGGUGAGGAUUGUUUAAUACAGUAAUAAACUAAA